AUUAAUCAGUCCGUCGCCCAGAGAUAUUCUUAAAACAAUAAAAUAUACUUACCAUGUACACAUAAUUGUAUUAGUUUACAUCUAAAUUUUUUAGAGCAUACAAUACAUAUUUUCUAUUUAACUUUCUUUGACAUGCCGUUGUGAACACAACAGAAUUUUCCUAUUUGUCAUGAAAUUUAAAAUCCUAUUGUUUAAAGAAUUUAUAAAUAAUGUAACAUUUAAAAUAAUAUUUUUAUUGCAAUGACAUCAACGAUACAAUAAUGUUAUUUAUGUGUAUAUUCUUUUUGUCUAGUUUUCUAAUAAUAAAACAACAUUUUGUUUUUGCGAAUGUACCGGUUGUUUUCAAUGAAACUUUAUCGAAACAACGAAAUUCGGAAGAAAAUCGUAAUUUAAAUGUAUCGCAAAUUGUAGAAAGAAGUUUAGUGCCUAAAAAUGAUUCAAGUAAGCUGUUGAAUGAAACAAAGCCUAUUAGAUUCGACGAUUUCAAACCAAGCCCACAAUUUGGAUACGGAUAUGAUGAAAAUGAAAAAUCUCGAACUGCAUCUUUCAAUAGCAACUGGAUGGUAAAUGAGUGGAAAGGAAAUCCGAAUAGACAAGAAAAUAUCUACGAACAAUCACCGAAAAAUCAAAUAAAAUUUCCAGUUACAGUAGAAAGACCGUAUAUAUUUGAAAAUAACAACGAGAAUUUUCCACCAGUCAGCAAUUCAAUAGAUUUUACUCACAACCAAACACCAUACAAACCUAACAUCAAACCUCAAGAAAAUAUUUGGAAAAAAAUAUUUGGCUUUACUGGUUUCGAAAAUAAGCAAAAAUCUUUUUAUGAAAGUUAUCCAGAACAACCUUUUUAUAACAAUUAUGAGCAUCAUGAACAUGAACAUGAACCACCAAGAGAAUACCAUCAUGAUGUGGGACAUUAUGGAGGUGGAAUAAGUCCAUUCAAAAAAAUUCUUAAAGUGUUGGCAACCAUUAUCCCUAUUGGUUUGUUUAUAAGUGCUUUGACUCCAACUAUUAUUACUGUUUCCACAGUAAAUGAUACGAGAAACCGUAAUAAUAGAAAAUUUGAAGUAGAAGAAAUUGUUAAAAAAAUAACACCUUCCAUAAACUCACUAGCAAAAUUAGAACAAGAAGGAUGCGAACAAAAAGUUUUUUGUGAGUUAAUGGUUAACUCUAUGUUUUCUAAAAAUGCUGAAGACCAUAUAAAAAAUUUGCUACAUAAUUUUAUAAGUAGAAAAGAAAAAGAUGAUGGAACCAUUUCGAUAAAAAUUUUAGAAGCAGUGAAGAAACAAGAUUGUUCUCCACUUAUUUGCAAUACAAAAGAAGAUCCAAUUUAAAGUACUUAAAAAAAUAGUUCUACUAAGGUUUUAAAUAUGCGAUUGUUUACUGUAGAGUGUAAGGCAACAAAAUGGUGAUGAAAUUAAAUGUUGUUUUUCAUGGACAUUAGAAAUAGUUUAACUACAAUACCUACAUGAAAGUAUAAUGUUAGUUUAAAGUGAUAUAAUGAAUGAAUGAUAUUUAUAAAUUUUUUUUUAACUACUGUAACAAAUUAAUAAUAUUGUCUUAAUGACAUUUAAAAAGUUGAUG